AUGAACACAAGCGACGCAAAGGAAUACCUUUCCAAACGACAGAUCCCGCACCUUUUUGAGAGCAUGUUAACAGGGCUGAUGUACCACAGGCCUGAGGACCCUUUGGUAUUCUUGGAAGGUUGCCUGCGGAAAACACGAGAUUUGGGAGGCCCCGAGUGUGUGUCUUGGGACACUUUCAUUACACCUGAUCGAAAACCACUUCCACCAAUCACCCCUGCACAAGGGAAGAAAGCCCCCUGCAAGCUUGAUGCUGGCCCUGGCCCUGGCCCUGGACCUUACCGUCGAUAUGACAGGCUACCACCAAUUCAGGCCCAGUUCUCCAUAGAAAGUGACUCAGACAUGACAGAGUCCUCUGGGCUCAUACAGGAGUAUGAUGUCUUUGACCCAUCUAAAUCACGGCCACAUAUCAUAUUCAUAAUAGGGGGACCAGGCAGUGGAAAAGGCACUCAGACAGCAAAGAUUGCACAUCACUAUGAUUUUGAGCAUGUGUCGGUGGGGGAAAUUUUAAGGAACCAGUUGCUGCAUCAUGCCGCCAGUGACAGGAAAUGGGAGUUGAUUGCUCAGAUCAUUGCCAACGGAGAACUUGCACCUCAGGAGACGACCAUUGAAGAGCUGAAACAUCAGUUUAUUAAGAAGCAGGAUGCCAAAGGAUUCAUUGUGGAUGGAUUCCCCAGAGAGAUAUCACAGGCAUUUACCUUUGAUGAGCAGAUUGGCUCUCCAGACAUGGUGAUCUUGCUUGCUUGCUCCAAUCAGCAACUCCGUCAGCGUCUUGAGAGGAGAGCCUCCCAACAGGGUCGUCCUGACGACAAUACUCAUGCUAUUGAGAAGAGACUAGAUACUUUCAAACACAACAUCAUACUUAUAGCCAAGUACUACCAGGAGAGAGGACUUAUUGUAAGGGUGGAUGCAGAUCGUGAAGAGGAUGACAUUUUCACCGACAUUUGUGCCAUUGUACAAGAGAGACUGUUCCCUGGUGACUCCAAUGCAAGCAGUACUGAGGAUCUGUAGAAAGACUUUCAUCUAAACAAACAGCUGCUGCCAUUAAAUUCCUAAAUGUGAUUUACAACCAGCCUGCUAGAUAUUCUCUUUUUCUCUAAAUGUUCAACAAUAUCCCAAGGGGUGAGGGAAUGUAUUUCAUACACUUACAUUGCCCCCUUGUAGUUCACUGUGUGUGUGUGGGUUUUUUUUUUUCUGUACAACCUUUUUUAUUAUAUAUCUCCAAUGUACAGUUCAGCAGGAAAGUGGAAGAGAAUCUUUUAUUUUAUAAUAUUCUAAUUUUUCAGUUUCUUAAUGUUGUAAUUGGUUGAUAUACUUUUGAACCUUAAGCCAGAAAUAACAUUAAUUUAACACACCACAGUGCAUUAUUUAAAUGAAGACAAUCCAUAUAGUCAAUGAAAGUCACUGAAACAAUUGAGACAUUAAAAAAAUUAAACAAAUUACUUUAGAAAAGCCAUUUAUUCAUAAACACAUUCAUCUCUGGUGUGCUAAAGGCAUGCUGUUUUUAGCCCUGAGUCUGACACAUCAGACAGGGAAAAAAAAAAAGACACUACAGAUGUGUCCUCAGGCUGUAUUCUCAUUAAUGGAUGUUCAUUCCAGCUGUGCCACUUUCUCACAGUUGGACAUCAAUGCACACACUUGGUA